GUCCGCCGAUAGCACCAGCAGGGCAGAGCACCGACGGUUUUUAGCCAACUAACACGGCAGACACUCUCCUUUCCCCUCCACUCCCUCUUUUUUAGUUAGCAUUAGCAGUAGCAGCAGCUAUUUUGCCAGCCGCAUCAAGCUAAGCACAAGGCAGCUCUUCUCUUCUUCCUCUGCUCACUCGCUUCAGCAAAGCAGAGCAAGAAAGAAAGCAGAGCCCUUUGCCAAGAUGCACGCCAAGACGGACUCGGAGGUGACGAGCCUGGCGCCGUCGUCGCCGCCGCGCUCGCCAGGAAGAGCCAACGGCACCACCACCAACAACAACGGCAGCGGCAACAACACCGGCGGCGGCGUGAUGCGGGGCGCGGUGUACUACGUGCAGAGCCCGUCGCGGGACUCGCACGACGGUGAGACCAAGACGGCGACGUCCGUGCACUCGACGCCGGCGUUGAGCCCCAUGGCGUCGCCGCGCCACUCGCACUCCUCCGUCGGCAGGGACUCCUCCUCCAGCCGCUUCUCCCGCGGCCACCACAAGGACAAGUCGGCGGGCCGCAAGGGGGCGCCGGCGGGCAAAGGGUGGCAGGAGAUCGGGGUCAUCGAGGAAGAAGGGCUCCUGGACGACGAGGACGAGCGGCGCCCCAUGCCCAAGCGCUGCAAGUACUGCCUCAUCUUCGUCGGCGGCUUCGUCGUCCUCUUCUCCUUCUUCGCCCUCGUGCUCUGGGGCGCCAGCCGCUCCCAGAAGCCCCAGAUCGCCAUGAAGAGCAUCACGUUCGAGAACUUCAUCAUCCAGGCGGGGACGGACGCGUCGCUGGUGCCGACGGACAUGGCGACGACAAACGCCACCGUGAAGUUCACCUACAAGAACACCGGCACCUUCUUCGGCAUCCAUGUCGCCGCCGACCCCUUCACGCUCUCCUACUCCCAGCUCAACCUCGCAUCCGGAGACCUCAAGAAGUUCUACCAGGGGCGGAGCGGCCGGAGGACGGUGAGCGUGUCGGUGACGGGGAACAAGGUGCCGCUGUACGGGAGCGGGCCGACGCUGAUGGCGGCGCCGGCGGGGGCCAAGGGGGCGGCGCCCGGCAAGGUGGCGGCGGUGCCGAUGAUCCUCCGGACGACGGUGAGGUCCCGGGCGUACGUGCUGGGGGCGCUCGUCAAGCCCCGCUUCACCAAGGAGAUCGAGUGCAGGGUCGUCAUGAACCCGGCCAAGCUCAACAAGCCAAUCUCCCUUGCCAAGGCUUGCCAGUACUACUGAUCGAGAUCCAGUGAUUGGUUGGUUGAUUGGGUAAUCAAGUCAAAUCUGAUCAGAUCAAUCGGUUAAGUUAUUUCUUUCUCUCUGUGUAUGAGCUUUGCCUCUCUCUCUCUCUCUUUUUUGUGUAUCCACUAUCCAUCCGUGUUAUGAUUAAGAGUUGUAUCGCUCGCCGUGGCUGCUGCAGAGUAUUCCUUGUUCUUGUAAUUAUUAGUGCCUGAUGAUGAUAUAUACUAUUUGCUCAACAAAGACAGGUGAUAUGUUUUUAUUU